AGGCUCUUUUCGCUCCUUUUGUUCAGAGACGUUUUGUCAUGGACAUGUACGGGUUCACUGGGGGGUUCGUGGACAGCGGUCCGGUUGAAGUCGUGAACAUGUCUGACAUUAGCAAGGCGAGUCCUCACGGCUGUGAUAACGGAGCUUUGACGGACAGGUUCGGGGUUCUGAUCCAGGGACUCCUGGCCGUCGUCGCCUUCAGUACUUUGAUGUUGAAAAGGUUCCGGGAGCCUGUAGGGAUAAGACGACCAUGGAGGAUCUGGUUUUAUGACACGUCCAAACAGGCCAUCGGUGCUCUGUUUAUCCACUUUGCCAAUGUCUUCCUGUCCACUCUCACCAAAGAGGAUCCGUGCUCUCUUUACUUGAUGAAUUUCCUGUUGGAUGCAGCACUUGGAAUGCUUGUCAUCUGGUUGGCUGUGAAGUUGGUGUCCAAGCUGGUGGAGUACAAGCAGUGGAGCCUGCUCGCGUUCGGAGAAUAUGGUGACCCCCCUCAGGCUGCAGCGUGGUUGGGUCAAUGUGGCGUUUACUUGCUCAUCAUGGUGCUGGAGAAAGCUGUGAUCAGCCUGGUGCUGCUCAUUCCUGGAUGGUCCAAACUGCAGGAGGUGCUGCUAAGCUACAUCGCUAACCCUCAGCUGGAGCUGGCGCUGGUCAUGCUCAUUGUCCCCUUCAUAGUGAACUCCAUUAUGUUCUGGGUGGUGGACAGCCUGACGAUGAGGAAAUACAAGACGAUGAAGAGCCUGGACGACUCCUACGACAGCUCGGUGAAGAAUGAUUCUCUGCUGGGGGCAAGUAGUGCGGAGUCACGGGUCCUGUUGACGGCGGAGACGGACUCGGAGGAGGAGGAGCAGGAGGCGGAGCCGUGCGUCCACGUCCAGUAUUCAGGCGGACCACUGAGACCCAGCUGGGUGAUGGUGUAAACCCAGGUGACCUCCGUCCACAGCGUGUCUUUAUCUCAAACUAAAAGGGUGAAGCAGAGGCCGUGUAAACUUUUUCUUUUUUUUUUUUUUCAAAAACAGGCACCUAAAGCUGCAGUCUGUGUGGAGAGAAAUUAAUUAGAUCAAAGGCAGCAGGACGAUGUGAAGACUUUUUUUUUAGGUGGCUUUUGGAAAAAGGAUACUCCGAGAGGAUUUUACAAUAUUCCAAAGAGAGCCAGAAGAGGACCAUAUGUAUUACGAAGGGAAAUAACCACUAUCAAGACGUUUUUGUUGAGGCGGUAUUAAAAUCAUUCCUGCAUGCUCUCCUUCAGACUGCAUGGCUUUAGUUAGAGAAAUGAUCCGGUGUUGGUCAGUAAAGACAAAAAGAUUGCACUAGUCAUUUAGGGAGAAUCAUACAUUUAGAGAAAAUGCUUUACAGGAUAAUAAAGU